GAAAACUGCUCGAAUGGGUUGGCGGAGAGGAUUAAAUCGAAACAAAAUAUGAUCUUUUGAUGGUUUACGUUCACCCAAGCAAGACUACCAGAGCACAAAUGGAGUGUUAAAGGUUCGUAGUAUGCGGUGACGAUGAAAUAGCUACGCUGUAAACGACUUUUCGUGGAUAUUUUAGUCUUUUUUUUUCGUUGGACGUGUGUUUGUUGGUCUACAUGGUUUUAACAAGCUAUCGCUAGCCUCGAUUCCCGUGAGCUGCUUUCGAGCUACGAUGGUUGUCGUGAGUUUAUGCGGAUGUCUCCGGACAAGUCUUUACUAAACCGACGGCGACAAAUGGGACCAUCCAGCAUCGGGCGAAAACAUCGCGGCGUUGACUAAACAUUAAAGAUUCAAAAUCUAUUUGAAUUUGUGGAAAUUCAGACGGAGGAUUCUGUGGACUCAGACGGCAGGUGUUUUUCUAGUUGGAUUUUAGCCCACUGACAUUCUCCCACAGCCAUGGAAUCGACGGUUGAUGACGAUGCAAUGGCAGCGUGAAUGAAGCUUGGCGUGGGGAGAGCUGAACGAUGCCCAAAGGUGGGGGUUCUAAAACCCCCCAGCUGGACCACUUCCCACUCAACACCGACAUGGUGGAAAAGCAGGGUGGGAAGAAGGAUAAAGUGUUGUCAAACAAGACUCCCAAAUUGGAUCGCAGUGAUGGGGUCAAAGAGAUGAAAGAAAAGGCCCCUAAAAGGAAGCUGCCCUUCACUGCCGGAGCUAAUGGAGACCAGAAAGAUUCUGACUCAGAGAAACCAGGUCCAGAGCGGAAGCGCAUUAAAAAGGAGCCCACCAACAGCCGGAAGGCGGGCUUGCCGUUUGGAAUGGGGAUGCCAGGGAUCCGGGCCGGGUACCCCCUCUCUGAGCGGCAGCAGGUGGCCUUGCUCAUGCAAAUGACAGCUGGGGAGUCCGUCAACAGUCCAGACACAACACCAAAGCAUCAGUCACAGUCCAAUCUGGGUCAGAAGGGAACGCCAAACUCUGCAUCUAAAACCAAAGACAAAGUGAAUAAACGUAAUGAGAGAGGAGAGACUCGGCUGCACCGAGCAGCAAUCCGGGGAGAGACACGCCGCAUAAAGGAGCUCAUCAGCGAGGGAGCUGAUGUGAAUGUAAAAGACUUUGCAGGCUGGACUGCAUUGCAUGAGGCGUGCAACAGGGGGUAUUAUGAUGUGGCCAAGCAGCUGCUGGCAGCCGGAGCAGAGGUCAACACCAAGGGUCUGGAUGAUGACACCCCUCUACAUGAUGCGUCCAACAAUGGACAUUUCAAGGUGGUUAAGCUACUUUUACGGUAUGGAGGGGACCCACGUCAAAGCAACAGGAGAGGGGAAACCGCAUUGAAGGUUGCCAACUCUCCGACUAUGCUGAAUCUGUUGUUAGGGAAAGGCACGUACACCUCAAGUGAAGAAAGCUCAUCAGAAUCUUCAGAAGAGGAAGACGCCCCCUCAUUUGCCCCAUCCAGCUCUGUCGAUGGCAAUAACACAGACUCAGAGUUUGAGAAGUUGAAAUUGAAAGGAAAAAACAUCGACCCUCCUAAAUGCGCUGUAACACCCAUCAAAGAUGAAUACGAAUUUGACGAGGAUGAUGAGGAAGAACGUGUCCCUCCUGUGGAUGAUAAACACCUCUUGAAAAAAGACUUCCGUAAGGAACCGACCCCCAAGGCCAACAGCUUAGUCGCCAUACCCAAGAUGGAGGUCAAAACCUAUUCCAAAAGCAACUCGCUUACACCAAAGAAAACUGUUAGGCGGAUCGUCUCUGACAGUAACAGCUCAGACGAGGAUGAUAGGACGUGUUUCACGCCCGCACCUACGCCACGGCAACAAGUCCAGCAAACAAACACCAAGACUAGAGACUCUGGCAACAUGAGCUCUAAACAACAAAAAGACAAAAAUAAAGUCAAAAAGAAACGAAAGAAGGAGAGCAAAAAUAAUGUCAGUAAAGAAGUCAGGUUUGGAAAAGCCAACGACAAAUUCUGUACAUCGGACUCUGAUUGUGGAGAUAUGGAAAGUGAGGAUGAUAAGGGUUCGAACAGUCUAAAGGACUCUUCUGCAAUGAGCCUGAAAGACUCCCCUGGCUUUAACGCUUCGUCCUCCUCUUCACAUGGAAACUUGAACUCUCAGAAACAAGCGCCAUCAUUAGCAGAACAGCAUCCAAAGCAGUGGCGGACAGAUGGCUGGAAGACUGUGUCAUCUCCUACAUGGUCAGAUGUGAGCUCUCUCUCAGACUCAGUCAGAACAAGACUCUCCAGUGAGUCUGAUUACUCUUCUGCUGAUUCCAGCGUAGAAUCAGUAAAACAAGUUAAAAGGAAAGCGCAGGAGAACAAAAAGAAGAAUAAUAAUGUGCACAGUAGCAUGGUAGACAAGAAAAAUUCUGAGCUUUACAAAAACUCUAAUGCAGACAGUGCAGCCUCCAAAACCGAUGUCGACGGCAAAGUGCUGAAAAAGCAUAAAGUAAAGCACAAGCACAAGACUAAGGAAAAGGACAAAGCCCCCAGUCUAGUGCUUAAUCAAGACAUGAAUGAGAAAUUUGUCAAGAGCUAUUCUUUUGAUUUCGACGAUUCAAGGCAGAAGUCUCUAAUUGUUGAGUCAGAAUCGCCAGCUGAGGGCAAGGUCAAGUUAUCCAAACAUGAAAAAGACCACUCCAAAAAGGAAGAUAGGCUUUCCAAAAGCAAGUCGGAGGAUAAGGAUUGGUCUUCUGGAAAAGAUGUGCACAGAACCCUAAAAGAGGAGAAAAAUAAGAAAACAAAGGACUCCACAAAGGACAAGACGAAUAAGGAGGAGCGGGAGAAGCCUUUAAAAUCUGACAAAGAGAGAAAUAUCAAGGAGAAGGAGAAGCCCAAGGAGGAUAAACAAAAGGCUCACAAGGAAGAGAAAAAGAAAAAGUCCAAGGAAAAGUCCUCCUCAAAGGCAGACAGGAAAGGUGAGCCAAAAGAGGAAAAACAUCUAAAGGUGGACAAGGAGAAAAACACCAAGGAGGAGAAGGAGAAAUGUAAAAAAGACAAAGCCCCUAAAGAAGAGUCUGAGUAUGAAGGCUUUGACGUUAACAACCGUUUUCUCAACUUGGAGGACACAAAACUUAGUGCCUCAGAUGACCAUCAUGACAGAUGGGGCUCCGAGAUGUCCUCUGAUUCCUCCCUAUACUUGGAUGACAGCUGGGAUGCUCCCGUCAAAGAAUACAAGGAAUACAAAGCCAACAACGCAGUUAAACUUAUUGUCGAGACUGUUAAGGAAGAGACGAGAAGAAAAGAAAACAAAGUCAAGGACAAGAAAUCCGAUCACAAUGACAAAAGAUCGGAGAAAGAAACCACUUCUAAGAAGAAGGAGAAAGACUCAGAAAAGACAAAUGAAAAGAAGAAAGACUGGUCAGAAAAACAAAAGUUAAAUCACUCAGUAGAAAAAGAGAAGAAGCGGAAGGAGUCUACAGAGACUGUCAAAGACAAAAAAGACAAAGACUUUCUAGAGAACAGUCGAGACCGUAAAGACUCAUAUGACUUCGUAAAGGAAAGAAAGGACAUUAAAAUCAAGCAGGAAUCUGUAAGAGAUGAAUAUGGCAAUGAUACCUUCUUCAAAGAAAUUGAUGCUGUCGGUAAAGCGUGUGAUGUCAGAGAAAGAAACCAUUCUGGAAAGGAGAAAGAAAAGAAGGGCGAAGGAAUAGAAAAACGAGAAAAGACAAAAGUUGACAAGCACAAAGACAAAAUAAAAGACAGAGGAGCUGAUCAGGAAAAGGAUAAGAGUGAGAAAAGCUCUGCAGAAAAACCUGUCAAGGAAAAGGACUCAGACCGGGGCACCAAAGACAAGAAGGAAGGAGUUAAAGACAAACACAAGGAGUCGCAUGGCAAAGACAAAGAUCGAAAGAUGUCUUUAGAACAGACUAAGGACAAGAAAGACAAGGCCUCCCAAGACAAACAUGCUGAUAGGGAGAAGGAUUUCUUGGAGGUGAAGAAAGAGGAAAGAAAACCUGAGAAAAUCCGGGAAAAAACUUGGUACAAGAUAGCUGACAUCUUCACGGAUGAAAGUGAUGAUGAUGAGGACAGCUAUAAUGGUUCCGUGCCCCUUGUGUCUGAGUCCAUCAGAAAAGACUCAACACCUGAUCAGGAUGAACUGGAUCACUUCCCUUCAGAGAAAAUGAGAAAAUCUUCUAUAGAAGCUAAACAUACAACAGAAAAGACAAAAGACAAAGAACACAAAGAAAAGAAGAAGGAAAAGGCUGCAUUUGACACAGGCAAAGAAAGAAAGGGCUCCUUAGAGAAACACAAUAAAGACAAGAAAGAUUCUGUAGAGGUCAAACAUAAGGAGAGAAAGGACAGAAGUUCAGUUGACUCGAAUCAAGACAAGAAAAUUAAGCAGAAGCUUCUGGACAAAAGGGACACCAGUGAGGAAAAGACGAAGAGCAAAUAUAAAGACAAGCUGGAGCAUCCUAAGGAAAGGAAACCCUCAAAAAGCAGUGGUGAGAAUGAGAAAUCCCUGUUGGAGAAAUUGGAGGAGGAAGCUAUGAAUGACUACAAGGAUGACUCUAAUGACAAAAACAGUGAAAUCUCUUCGGAUAGUUUCACUGACCGAGGUCAUGAGCCAGUCCUCGCAAACUACUAUGACUCCAUCAGCCUCACUGAUGUUUCCGAGGACAGGAGAGACUCUCUGUCCAUAUCUACACCACAGGACAAGUUCAGAGAGAAAGAAAGGCAUCGGCAUUCCUCUUCAUCUUCAUCCAAGAAAAGCCACGACAAGGAAAAAGAAAAGAUCAAGAAAGACAAAGGAGACAAACGUGACAAGACGGAGGAGAUCAGAGAGUCCUACAACCGCAGGGAGAGUCUACCUUUUGAGAAGGAGCCCAUGCCUCUUGAAGCAGACCCUUACACUUUUCCAUUUGGAAGUAAGGGAGACGGUGAAGAUGACUUUGAUAAAACAUUGGAAUUUGAAAAAGAGAUGUCCAAAAAGGACAAAGACAAAACAACUGGUGUCAUUAGUGACAGGACAAAGGACAAAAAGAAAAAGGAGAAACAUAAAGAAAAAGUAAAGGAGGAUAAGACCAAGUACAUUGAUGGCUUUGCGACUUUGAAACACUCUAAAGAGGAUGUGAAGGCAGGGUUGAAAGAUAGUCCACAGGUCACCGUUCUAAAAGAAAGGACAAAAGAAGAGAGUCCAAAAUGCGAUAGUAAAAAAGACAGGAGUCGGGAUACAUUGGACAAAGACACCAGAACGGACCACUGUAAAUCUAAGACGAAGGAUGAAACUGAAAAGCUCACCCAGUCCAAAGAAACCGUGAGGAAAGACAACCGUCCCCGUGAAAAACUGCUGGUGGAUGGCGAUUACCAAAUGACAAGCUUUGGUCAGAUGUUGAGUCUCAAAGACCAGGAGAUCGAAGAGCGCCACAAGAGACAUAAAGAAAGGAUGAAGCAAAUGGAGAAACUAAGACCCAAGUCAGGGGACCCUAAACUCAAGGACAAGACCAAGUCCACAGAGGAAGUACGGAAAAACCGCACUGAGCUCUCAUCAAAGAAAUCCAACAGUGUGGAAUCUGGUCUUAAGGAGAAGAAGCUGAAGGAUGUGGGUCUCCCGGCCCAAAUGAUGUCCCCAAGCAGGAAGUUCCAGCCUACUGACUGUCCAAACUCAAAGGACUGGCUGACUGGUCCCCAAAUGAAGGAGAACCUUCCAGCUUCUCCCAGGCCAGAUCAAAACAGGCCAACUGGUGUCCCCACACCCACAUCUGUCAUCUCCUGCCCCAGCUUUGAGGAAGUAAUGCAGACUCCACGUACCCCAUCAUGCAGUGCAGAGGAUUACCCCGACAUUAUGUUGGACGGGCUAGACUGCCAGAACUCAUCAGCUAUGACGAUGUCAAUGAAUGCCUGCUCUCCUACCUUCUUUGAAAGCAGGUACUCUAACUCCCAGAGUUUCCAGGAGGGCACAUGUCCAACUCCAGCGAAGAACCUCCAGCUGCCACUUGUCAGCCGCUCUGCGUCCUCUGACGUCCGCAGGCCUCUAGAGGAUGAGUUCAAGGCUGAGGCUGACAAGUUCCUUCGGCAGCAGAGUGAUCCAGCAGCUGACUUUGAUCCGUCAUCUUCCUCUCAAACUAUAGACGACAAAUCUGCCACCGCAGAUAGACUGGAUUGCCUGCCAUCUCCUUAUUUUUCCCCAAUUAGGAUGAUGUCCCCUCAGCAGGAGCCAGCCCUUCGAACGUUAGAUGUGGCAGCACCAACUCUUUCUGGCACAGAGGGCAAUGAACACUUCCCUGACAAUGUGUACAACAGCUUCUUGCCCAAGCCCUCCACACCAGUCCACAGGCCAGACCCCCAGGAGCCCUGCUUCGACAUUGCUGCACCACCAACCCCAGCGCCCGCUGCAUUGCCACCGCUGGACAUCGAUGACAUCUCUGAACCUCACCACAGUGAGCCUAACCUGGUCCUGUCAGAUCUGCCCCCUGUCACUGAAGAACUCGAGCAAGAGCAGGAGCAGGAACAGGAGCAGGAGCAAGAGCAAGAGCAAGAGCAGGAGCAGGAAGAGGAAGAGGAGGAAGAUGAAGAGGAGGAGGAGGAUGAGGAGGAAGAAGAAGAAGAAGAAGAGGAGGAAGACUUUGAGGAUGAAGCUGAUGUGGAUGACAGAGCUGAUGGAGACCCCUCUGCAGUGGAUGAGCCAGAGCAAACAAGGGAACCUCUUUUGUUCUCCUCUCCAGUUGAGGACACUCUCAGGAAGAGCUGGCCAGCACAGUCUCCAGAGCAGCAGGAGCCGCAGCCCUCCCCCACCCACGCUGCACCGACCCGUGGAGAGAACUGUUUUGAUCACAGCAUGGGUUGGAAUGCUGAAAUGGACCUUAAAUCUCCCCACAGGACAUAUGGGGAGAUUGAGGCUGCUGUCUCCAAAAUCACCAGUCCGUACCAUUCUGACAGUGAGAUGCAGCACCUGCCUGGACACCCCUCUGUCACUCCCCCCUAUGCUGCCUGGAAUAGGUGGCACAAAGAGGACCCAGAGGACUUUGAUGAACAGAAGGAGGCUGUGGCGGACAUCCCCUCUCCGGAGAGGCCUGACACAAGUAUUGAUGAGGAACCCAACUUUUUAAACACCUCCUCGUCCUCCAAUCGACUGGAGUCUUUCUUCCAGGACUGUAACAAGCCUAGUAUAGAGGAGAGUCAUCAGAUGGAGCCUGAGUCAACCUGUGAAGAACCAGAGAGCAGACAGACGACCCACAGCUUCACUGCUGCCACUGAAAGCCUUGUGGCUCCAGCUGUGGCCCCUGUGGAGCCUGUGGUGCCCUGGGCAGACCCUUUCUCUGCGGACGCGGAUGAACUGGAUGACCUGGGACCGUUUUCCUUGCCUGACUUACCUCUACCAGACAAGUCGGAAGAAGCAGAGAGAGAGUCCAGGGACCCUGAACCAUCUGAUCACAACAAGAUUGCGUCGAGCCACAUAAGACACACUAUUACAGACAGAGAGGACCCUGACAUAAUGGUGGUGGACUUACCUAGCCUUGCUAAGACUCCAUGCACUGCUGGAGACCUAGGGUUAGCAGAACCUACCGGACAGGAUUUGGUUGAACCCUCAGUACAUGCCAACUUCCAGCAAGAGUUUCACCCUGAGUCUCGGAGUCCGCUUGUCAACAGCUCUCUGUCUCUGACACCACAACAGAGCAGCAUGAUAGAAGAGAAAGAACCGUAUGGAGCGCCUGAUGAACCCGAUUCCAGUAUGUUGUAUUCGUCUGUGAAAUCGGAGGCCAGUCAGCAGCAUCACAUCCAGAUCCACUCCCUCACUGAGUCGUUGCAGUUGCCCAUGGAUACAGUCUGCGCUCUCAAGUCAGAGGUGAGACAGGAUGAGAUGUCUGAGCCCAAAGCAGAAUCUGUGUCAUGCAGUCCUCUUCCUCAGCUCCCAGUGGCAGUCACCCUGUCCAGCACAGUGGAACUAACAGACAUUCAGGAGACCACAUCCAAGCUAACGCCGGUAACCCUGACCACCGUGUCCACCACUGUAGAUAUUCCCAAGAAGGUGGAUGAAAUCCCUCAAAGAAUUACCCGCAAUCGCGCCAAGAACAAUCCCUCCGCUGCUGCUCUCCCUCCUACCUCCAGCAUCAUAACCUCAUCUGCCCCUGCAACCCCUGUAACAAUCAGUCCAACCGUGACCAUAAACCUAACGCCCACCAGAACGCCAACACCCACCUCCGCCUCUUCUUUCCCAGCUCUGAAGAAAGACAAAGAGUCUGUGCUCACUGUCGCCUCUGCUCCAGCUAAUACCACCCCGGCGUUGUCUGUUCCUACUUCUGUGACAACUUCUGCAUCAGUGGUCAUCAGUAAGACCACGAAAGGUCGUUCUCUUCCAGUGGAAGACGAUGAAUCUCAGACCCAGCACCCAAGGAAGAGGAAAUUUCCUCGUUCUGCUGGUCAGCAGGUGCAGGUCCAGUUGGUGAACACAGCCAUGCAGCAGACCAGGGAAAUGAUUCAGCAGACUUUGGCUGUAGUAGUUAACGCCAUAAAGCUUGACGAUAUCGAGCCCUACCACAGUGAUCGCUCCAACCCUUACUUUGAGUACCUGCAGAUCAGGAAAAAGAUUGAGGAAAAGAGGAAGAUUCUGUGCUUCAUCACCCCACAGGCCCCACAGUGUUAUGCUGAGUAUGUGACCUACACCGGCUCCUACCUGCUGGAUGGCAAGCCCCUCAGCAAGCUGCACAUUCCUGUGAUUGCCCCACCACCAUCGCUGUCAGAACCUCUGAAGGAGCUUUUCAGACAACAGGAAGCAGUGAGAGGGAAGCUCAGGUUGCAGCAUAGCAUAGAGCGGGAGAAGCUGAUUGUUUCAUGUGAGCAGGAGGUUUUAAGGGUCCACUGCCGAGCAGCCAGGACAAUAGCCAAUCAGGCUGUGCCCUUCAGCGCCUGCACCAUGCUGUUGGACUCUGAAGUAUAUAAUAUGCCAUCAGAGAGCCAGGGUGAUGAGAACAAAUCUGUGAGAGAUCGCUUCAACGCUCGUCAGUUCAUUUCCUGGAUCCAGGACGUGGAUGAUAAAUAUGACCGCAUGAAGACGUGUCUGUUGAUGCGGCAACAGCACGAGGCAGCCGCAUUAAACGCAGUGCAAAGGAUGGAGUGGCAGUUGAAGGUCCAGGAGCUGGACCCAGCGGUGCACAAGUCCCUCUGUGUCAAUGAAGUGCCGUCCUUCUACGUGCCAAUGGUCGACGUUAACGACGACUUUGUCCUGCUGCCUGUAUGACACACCUGUACCCACAGAUUAAAAGCAAACUUUGUCUGAAUCACUCCUCUCAAAGAGACUUCGUUGAACAGAACGAAUGGAAAGGGCUAGCAAGUUUGAAAGAGGACUUUAGACAAGACAAAAUUAUAUUCUAUAGAAAAAGAGUAAAGAUGAAAAACUUGCUCUUGAUUCCCUUCCGUGAAGAAGGAAACAUGUUUUUACUGGGGUAAAGAAAACACACAACUUGCACUUUUAUCCUUAAAGUUUUUACGCUUUUGUUUGAUCAGAGUGUGAGAAGCAGAAACCGUUUUUGCUUCGGGGCUCUGUCAUCGGGACACGACUCCUCAGUGCUCAGUUUCAGUGAGUCGGUGGAUAGAGAUAUAUUUUCUGCAUUCUUUUUUGGUCCCUGCUUCAAUAGCCCCACCACUGGGAUGAGGUGUCAGAGAGGAGCUCUCCCAACAGCGUGGUGCCUGUCCUGAGGGAGAACUGAGGAGAAGCCUCCCCUGUUGAUCCAGGGCUCCUGGUGGGCCACGAGAACUAAACCCGAGUCCGGCGCUGACCCCGGUGAAGUCAACAGAGCCAGGGCCGCAUGGACAGCUGGGGUGGACAGACCAGGAAGCUAUUACCAGCCGCUGAUGGUCUGGGGGCUAUAAGAGCAUAUACCCAGAGGGUGCCCUCUUCACACGGCACAUGGCCUGCCUAACAGUAGUGCAACAGGGCCUGCAGAAGGCUGGGUAACCGCAGAGGGAGAUGUGUGUGCACGUCAGGGCCCAGUGUCUGAGAGGAAGAGACUGAUCCUGCAGCCUCUCAGCCUGGCUAGAGGAGGACAGGCAUGGCUCUCUGAGGACAGACCGGAGUGUUCCUCAGCCACCCUGCUAGUUCCAACACAAACACAUCAGACCGCCCAUGGACUGCAAAAACACCAGAGGACAACCAGAAGAAACAAACAUAACGAAUGUUGAGAUUCAAAGAGACUAUUGAGAAAUUUGUGCUUUGGCAGGAGGAGAGAAAUAUUGUUUUUGUCUAUUUCUUUACUUGGGCAUUUCAUUGUUUCUGAGGAAGUGACUUGAAACACUACAGAGCCAAUAUUAGUUUAAUGGAAAAAAACAAAAAAAUAGAAAAAAAGUUGUAUUCAGUAAAUUAUGUACAGUUUUGAUAUUCGUUAACCAAUGUAUUCUUGCUGCCUUCUAGAUAAUUUAUUUUGCCACACAUUACUGCACAGUUGUAAAUAACCUAUGUACUGUAAUAUCACUCAGUUAAGUGUAAAGAAAAAAAACAUAAAAGAAAUAAAAAUGAUCUUCUUAUGUACAGUUCACUUUUGGGCAGCACUUUCCCCCCCCCCCCCCCUCGUCAUAUCCAUGGGCCAAAAUGUGUACACGGUUCUGUCAGUAUUUGAAAGACUCCAGUGCACAGUUGUAUGAUCCCAUCUCUAGAUUCAGCCGGGCUUCAGGGAAACACCCCUGGACGUGGAUCACCACAACUCACAGAUAGCUGGCAGAGAACAUUCUGGAUUAAACCGGCCUCCCAUAGGCCAACCACCACAUAGUCCCUCAGAUGUAGCAGAAUAGUUGUUGAGGAUUUAUUUAAAGAAUAGACAGAGGAUUAUUAUUCAUUGCUUUACUACACAAUUAUAUCUGAAAAAAUUCGAACCAAGAAAAUGCCUUUUUCAGUGAAAAAAAAUGUACUCAUUGUUGGGCAAAAUCACAUAUAUAUACAUAUAUAUAUAUGGGUGGGAUGAAAGUGGGCGAGAUGCGAUUAACGAGCAAAACCCAUCAUGUUAUGUAGAAUGGUUUCUAAUUUAAUUUUCCUUCUUUUUCAUUUACCAAAAAUUGGACUGAAAUCAUUACCGAGCAUCACAGAUCACCAUAGUUACUGAAACCAACAGGAAGCAGGUCUAUCAGCACGCCAUACACUACCUGUUCUCCAAGCCUGUCAGCUCUCACAUUGAAUAGACUGAAGACCUGGAACACCCAUUGAAAUGUUUUGUUCCAUACUGACUCAACAUUGGUUUUUCAGUCAGGCCCUUUAUGUCCAAUGUUGGGGGGCAGCAUUUUUUUUUUUGCUGUUCUAAAUUUAGCCACUGGGUGGCGUCAGUUUGUCAGACCACACAAUAGUUUAAUUGGCUUUGCAUCAAACCUUAGGCCUUUGCCUGAAUAGGUGUUUUAAAAAUAUAUUAACAUUUUAUAACAGUCAAUAAGGACAUCAUUUCCCUUAUAGGAAUACAAUACAACACCUGGCUUAAUCAUUGGCUUGCACAUUUGUAUUAAUGUUUACCUUUAAUCCACAAGGGGUUUGUGUCACCAGAGAUUUGAAGGUUACUCCUUCAUAUUUUUCUGUUCUUGUAUGGCCCAAGCAGACUUAAAUCUCCAAAUGAACCAAGCAAAUGGCAAGACAUUAACACAAACUGUAGGAGGGGUAAUGUAUAGCGAAAUGCUGAAUAGAUCGGGUUUUUUUGUUGUUGUCCUAAUUCAAAUUUUUUGUUGAAAUGUUGAUUUGUGAUGACUUGCAUUGAUUCUCUAUUUUGAAGUUGAUCUUUGUUUGGAAAAGCUUUCCCGACCUACCACAUAGACUUCCUGUCUGUGUGCGUGAGCUGCUCGUUUAUCCUGAUGGCAAUAUUACCUGAAACGUUUUAAGUUAUUUACACACUGUCAGUCAGUAUAGCUGUGUAUGGUAUGUCUAGUCAAGUGCAAUGGUUGUUGCUAUUACACUGUGCAGACAAGGUGGCUAGAUGUAUAGUCCUGGAUAUUUUUGAGAGAUACACACAUCCCGGUUUGGUAUACAUAGAAUUACAUAUUUGGAUACAAAUAGCCAGAAAUUUGUUUUUUAAACCCCUGUUUGUCACGUUUCUUGUUUUUAAUUUGUUGUUUGAUUCUUUCACAGUUUUGGGGGACGAGGUUUAAGGGUGUAGUUUGUUCACAGAAUCCUUGUGUUUUUCGAGCUCAGUGUAUGUAGUUCUGAAUGUUGUUGUGUUUAUCUUAGGGGGUUUUGGUUCCUGUAUAAAGCAUAAACACCAGUGGCAUGUCAAUCACGUUGCUUAUCGAGCAGAAUGUAUACCGUUACUAUGCCCUGACCGACCACACCCUCACUAUUGUUUACAAGACAUCAAGCGUGAUUUCCGUUUCAUGUGACCCCUUUUUUAACGGUUAAAGCCCUGCCUUUGAUUUUGUUUCUGUAAUCAGUCAUUUAUUUGAACCACAAAGGCUUGAAAUGGUGAUGAUUGACACAAUUUACAGACGAUUCCUCCCCCUGUCUGCGGUACACCGUUGCACCGAGCAAUAGACUAAACACAACCAUCUGCAAUGAUUCUUCAAAGUGAAUAUUCAAGUGAUUUCUGGGUAAAUUGAAUACAAACAUACAUCAGUUCUCUAAUGCACAGUAGAGCACUUGGCCGUGGUGAUACAGAUGCUAGCCUGACCCCACCUCAGUCAGCAACAUAUUACCUCUACUCUCCUCACAUUCAAUCAUGUUUGUUUGAUUUGUUUUGUUUCUUACUGGACAUAAAUAUACAUAAUUGCUAUUUUUUCAUUCUACAGAAUCACGAUUUCAAGCCUUUUUUCUAGUUUUUUGUUUGUUCCUUUUUGAUUAAAACCCAGACUGUAGCUAUUUCUUUGUUCCUUUUUAGAGUGGAAAAUGACUAAUAAAAAGCAUGGAGAACUACUCUUUAAAUGGUGAGAAAUAACCUAUUUAUUAUCUUUUUGUUUUUUUUCUGACACCUGUGGUAUGUUUUGAGUUGAAGUUGGUCUCCGCUGUGUAAAUUUUCCUCCUUGUAAUGCGUGAAAGAGACAUACUGUACAUAGCUCUGUAAAUAAAACCUCCCAGGACGUUUUGCACCCUCCUCUUUGUACUAGUCUGAAAAAUUGCGUAGAAUGUGGGGUUCUAACAGCAACGAGCUGCGUGCGCUUGCUGCAGGUGAUUAUGAUGUAACAAUGUAACAUUUUUUUAUUUGUACAAUGUAGUUUAUUUGUGUACAUAUUGUUGGAGCAGCUAAGAGGGGGGAGGGGGGUAAACAAAGGGGGGUUGUUGAUGCUAUCGUCAGUGCUGUAACAGAAAUCCAGUACUUUCACCUCUAGCUGUUGUUGAUUACCUGCAAAAAAGAAAGAAAGAAAAAAACAUAAAAAAUAAAAAUGUGAGAAACUGAAAAUGAGGAUGGAUGAGAAAAAAAAGACUAAAACUGAAAAGUAAAAAUUCUAAAUUGUUAUUUUCUACAGUUGCAUGUACAGAGAGCGCGAGAACUGCUGUUGUUCCUCAGAGAUUAUGUUCGUUAAUAAAAUUUUGAAAUAUUA